AUGGUGGUGAAAAUCGUUAUAAGCCUAUCAUUAAAAGGGUGUUUUCUUUCAGGGCUGGCGUACGCGCUGUUGGCUGCAGUACCUCCGGUCUAUGGUCUCUACUCGUCUUUCUACCCUGUUCUGCUUUACACUUUCUUUGGCACGUCACGGCACGUCUCAGUGGGCACUUUUGCGGUGAUCAGCCUGAUGAUUGGGGGCGUGGUGAUAAGAGAAGUCCCAGACUCCAUGUUCCUUGUUCAGGCUGUGAAUGGCACAAAUGCCUCUGCCGUUCUGGACCUAGAGGCCAGAGAUGCCCGCAGGGUCCAGGUGGUCAUGGCCCUCACCACCAUCACUGGAGCCAUACAGAUCUUGCUGGGCCUCUUGCGGUUCGGCUUUGUAGCUAUCUACUUGUCGGAGCCGCUGGUACGAGGCUUCACCACAGCAGCCGCAGUGCAUGUGGUGGUUUCACAGCUCAAGUAUCUUCUGGGAGUCAAAACAUGCAGAUUCAGCGGAGUCCUGUCCGUCAUUUAUAGUUUGAAAGCGGUCUUUUGUAAAAUCACUGAGACCAACAUCCCUACGCUCCUCCUCGGCCUGUCCUGUCUGCUGUUCCUCUAUAUCAUUAAAGAUAUGAACGAGCGCUUUAAGAAGAAGCUACCCAUCCCCAUCCCUGGAGAGAUCAUUGUGGUCAUGGUGUCCACUGCAGUGUCCUACGGCCUAGCCCUGUCCCCGCUGCACCAGGUCGAUGUAGUGGGACACAUCCCCACUGGACUGCAGGCUCCAGCGCUCCCAGACUUCUCUCUGUUUCCAAACCUGAUCACAGAUGCCUUUGCAGUGGCCAUUGUGGGCUACUCAAUGGGCAUCUCUCUGGCCAAGAUCUUUGCUCUGAAACACGGCUACACUGUGGACGGGAACCAGGAGCUUCUGGCAUAUGGUCUGUGUAACUUCAUCAGCUCCUUCUUCAGGACCUUCGCUGUGACCUGCUCCAUGUCCAGAAGUCUGGUACAGGAAAGUACCGGUGGAAAGACACAGGUGACUCAUUGUCCUACUGGCCUUGUGUUGAAUACCAACCAGCGAUCAGUGUGA